GAGAGAAGAGAGCUCAGCCUCCGGAGAGGGAGGAGAAAGGGCUGCAUGGAGGAAUACACGGCUCUUAUUAUGCACAAGAACUGACCCGGAUUCCAUUUUUUGUGUAUGUGUGUGUGUGUUCAGCAGGACGCAAUGAAGAGCCGUCGGUGUGUCUGUUAGUUUUUUUGUCGGCGAACCGGAGUAGAGGAGCGCUCCUCAGAGUUUUGUUAGUCCGCGGUACGCUGGAGCCACCGCUGCCGCUUCCAGUUUCUCCGAGAAAGAAAGACGCGGCUUCGGCACGGGAGAAGGACCUGAGAGAAACUUUGUUGGAAACAAAACAAAACAAAAAAAUGCAAGGGGUUUCAGCGACGGACCUGCCGGCCUCCUCCCUGCAGUACUCGUGCGGGUCGGUGGACUACUUGUGUUCUCCACGGCUGGCGAAGAAAGGCCCGACCACUAGACCAUGUCACGACAAGCCUGCCGUCAAGCCGCGGCCCCAGACCUCCACCUUACCCAGACCGCCGACUGCUCAGAAACCUCAAGUGCCCCCUAAACCUGCGCACCUGCUCGCCCUUGGGCAAGACAAGAAACCCAAGAGGAUCCCACCGCCGCCCUCGAGACCCCUGCCGGCACCCCCUCCGCCUCCCAAACCAAAGCCGUGCCUGAGCCCCGCUGGCCUGGGAGCACAGCCGCAGAAAGAGCCUCAGAAGGUUGGGCAGCUCAUCGAGAGGUUUAACAACUCCAGGGUCCCCAUCCUGGGGGUGCUCCCACGGUCACAGCUGCAUCUUUGUCUGAGAAUGGACACUGCGUCUGACCUCCCUCCAUCCUGCAGCCCCAACGCCACGACAAAGGUCGCAGGAGACUCCUCCUCCUCCGCGGACAAACUUGCACUUGGCACCUCCGAGCAAACCGACGGCGUGUCCGAACUCUCCCGCCUCGCCUCGAUGCACAUCGACGGCUCGGACGACGGCGGGCUGGACGACUGCGUGGAGCGUGGCCUCGCGCAGCGGGUCGGCUGCAUCGGCGACGCAGACCACGAACAGGACUCCUCCCAUAAACUCACGGACAAGCCCGACUCCUCGCAGCAGAACGGGAAGAUUCCCAACCGGGACAGCGGCAUCGACAGCCCGUCGUGCGCCGCCGAGGGGGAGGCGUUCGCCAACGAGGACGCCAUCGACGAGGAGGAUCAUUACGACAGCGUGACAGAAACGGAGAGCGUGUCCUGCUGCGUCACGCUGGACAAUAAGAGGGACUCCACGCAGGACGAGGACAGUGACUUGGACGAGGGGAGCAGCGGGGAGAUCCCGUCUCUCGCAGACACACAGACCGGGUAUCUGGCGGACACCCAGUCAGAUGCACACAAAUGCUCGGAGGCUCAGAAGCUCCUGAACAUCGCCAAAGAGCUCCUCCACACUGAAGAGGCCUACGUGAAGAGACUCAACCUCCUCGACCAGGUAUUUUGCACUAAGCUCACAGAGGCUGGAAUCCCUCAGGACGUCAUUACGGGGAUCUUCUCCAACAUUUCCUCCAUCUACUUAUUCCAUGAUAAGUUUCUGCUCCCGGAGCUCAAGACGAGGAUUACUGGAGAAUGGGAGUCAAACCCUCGCAUCGGAGAUAUCCUGCAGAAGCUGGCUCCCUUCAUGAAGAUGUACGGAGAAUAUGUGAAGAACUUUGACCGAGCCAUGGACCUGGUCAACACCUGGACACAGAGGUCAUCUCAGUUCAAGGGUGUCGUCCAGAACAUACAGAAGCAGGAUGUGUGUGGGAACCUGACGUUGCAGCAUCACAUGCUGGAGCCGGUCCAAAGGAUUCCUCGUUACGAGCUCCUGCUCAAAGACUACCUGAAGAAGCUGCCUGACGAUGCUCUGGACCGCAAAGAUGCAGAAAAGGCACUGGAGCUGAUCUCCACCGCGGCCAACCACUCCAACGCAGCCAUCAGGAAAAUGGAAAAGAUGAACAAGCUGCUGGAGGUUUACGAGCGGCUCGGAGGAGAGGAGGACAUAGUGAAUCCAGCCAAUGAACUCAUAAAAGAAGGGCAUAUCAAAAAGAUGUCUGCCAAAAACGGAACAGCACAAGACCGAUACCUCUACUUGUUCAAUAACAUGGUGCUAUACUGCGUCCCUAAACUGAGACUGAUGGGGCAGAAGUUCAGUGUCAGAGAGAGGAUUGACAUUGCAGGAAUGGAGGUCCAAGAAAAUGUGAAGCAGAACCUUCCUCAUACAUUUGCCAUUAUUGGUAAACAACGUUCACUGGAGCUGCAGGCCAGGACAGCAGAGGAGAAGGAAGAUUGGAUUCAGGUGAUCAAGGCCACCAUCGAGCGGCACAAGCAAAACAGCGAGACGUUCAAUAAAGCUUUCAACAGCUCCUUCUCCCGUGAAGACGACCAUGUACCGGAGUCACCGGGUCCCUGGCCCAGCAAUUCUGUCGACUUAGAUGGACUUCAUGAAAGGAAGAGCUCCAAGAAGAAGGAGAAAGAGAAACAGACGUGCAGAGGCUGCAACGAGAGCUUCAAUUUCACAAAGCGCAAGCAUCACUGCAAGUCCUGCGGAGCGGCCAUCUGUGCAAAGUGUUCAAAGACCUUGGACAACAAAACGAGUCGAGUGUGUCCCGAAUGUUUCGAAGCCAGCGUCAACGUUGAAAUGAUGUGCGGCGCCGGCGACCAGAAGAGAAAAGCUUUAGCUGAGAGACAGAUAUCUCUGACAGCGGACAGCUGCCUGCUGUGCGGCUACCUCCAGGUGCAGGAGAAGGGGAAGAGUUGGACCAAGAUGUGGGUGGCUGUGACGAAGACUGAGCCUCUGGUGCUGUACUUGCAAAGCAGUGGACAGGAGCUGAAAGGCUCGCGGGCCGUCCCUCUGCCCGGUUUCGACGUGAGCACGGCCCCGCCUGCGACGGCCGACAAACAGGAGGUCAAGCACGUGCUCAGGCUUAGUCACACCCAGCAGACCUUCCUCCUAAGUGCCCAGGACGCAGAGCUUCAGGCCAAAUGGGUGGAAGUCCUCUCCAAAGCUGCCCGGGGAGAAGAACCCGCCGAGGCGUCGACGAGCGUGACUGAACACAGGAAGAGCCAGUAGCGGCCCCCGCCGGAGCCGCUGGACUCCUCUGCCUCUCCCUCUCCUGUGUAUAAAGCACACAUUACUUGAAUUCACUUUACCUUGGCACUUUUAUUUUCCCUCCUCUUCAAACGGACCACUCGAUACUUCCUCGUUCCACCUGAAUCGUCCCCUCUUGACCCCACAGCUGCGUCUUUUUCCUCCGUCUUCGUGUCUCUCUGGAAGCGCAGACACCCGCAAACCAAUCCUCCGACGCCACUGGUCAGGAUGUUUUAUUCCUUAUAUGUUUUGAUCAAUGGGAGCGCAUCUCUGAAGAACAUUUAUGUGUAAUAUGAAUGAAGAAAGAUCCAGUUUUUAGAUGAAGUUCUUGUACAUUAGUCCACGGUGUCCAUGAAGCAUUAACUCUUAGGUGUCUGUCUUUGCAUUAGUGUGCAUGUGUGUGUGCGUGUGUGUGUGUGCGUGUCUGAGUCCCUCGCUGUGUUGUAAUAAGUAUUGAACGCUUGUGUAAGAAAACCCCCACUGAGGCUUUCACUCGUGCCGAGGGAACAGUGUUGGUUUUGCCGGUCUUGUACAGUAUGUGUAUUAUAAUGUGAUGUAAGGAAACAAAGAAGAAGAAAGAAAACAAGACAUUUAACUUAAAAAAAAAAAUACAUUUGUGGCUGGCCACCUGAUGUUUCCAGUUUUAGCACCCGCCCCACCCUCAGACCCCAUCCUGUUCGUUUGUGGUACUUUGGUACUGAUUCCCUCUCUGUCAUCGUCACUGGAGUCUGAGACGUCUGAUCCGAGUGAGAAUGCGAAGCAUCCCCAUUUGCGUGGCUUCACUUUUAGGGUCAGCCUUAACAUCCCCAUUUUUACACAGACGAAAAGAGACGCCGCCUGUGCAGUUCAGUCUCUCACUGACUCAGCAGGUUGGUGAUAAGAUGGAAACCAAGUACUGUACUGUAAAAAAAAAAAAAAAAAAAAAGAAGAAAAAGUUUAUUCUGCCUUUCCCCUGGGUACCCUUCCCCUAUAUGCACCAGCCUUUUAAAUAAAAGUAGCAAAUAAAGUUGUCCUUCAGUUUCCCUUUUGCAUGUAAACUAACUCAUAUUUAUAUACUGUGCUUUAAAAAAAAUCUUCCAUUUGUCCUGCUUUUUAUGCUCCAGAGCUCAUUCUUGUGUUUUUUUUCUGCUGUGCGUGAGCAGAACCGUCACUGUUUUUUAACAUUUGUGACAGUGAAAGAAUGAAAAGAGUUGAGCGGAUCAUUAAUAAACAAGCGCGGCUCGUCUGACGCCGCGCUGUCCUGUGAGAUCAGAA